AUGGUCCUUAAGAUAAACGACGUGGGCGAAAUGAAGUUGCCCCCCCCUCCCCACCACGAGAACCUCCCCCCCAACGAGGGUAUAAAUUUUGAAGAAAAAUCCGCGAAGUCAAGUGGAGCAUACGCCCAGUCGUGCACAGUGCUAUCAGCGUCUGGUGCAUCGAACGAUACACCAAGAAAGUUUACGAGGCCGCACUUGCUCGGACCGGCCGUGCUGCGGGCAGCCGAUUUAGUGCGGCGCCGCGGCGUGCGGCGUCGCCUAGCGGGGGGUGAGGCGUCGCUCGUAAAGCAUCGGUCGGCACAUUCUACUGACGCGCGCCUUGGCGACUACGCGUUGCGUAACACACCGCGCCAUAAACAACACGACAUGGACCGAUCGGGCUCACCACCUGACGUAGCUACCACCUACUAA